CCUGUGAGCAGGGGCCGGGCACAGCCGCGCUGCCUGAGGAUGUCAUCUGUAAAGUGCACUUGAAGAGCUUCGUGGAGCAGCAGGGCUUGGUGGGCUACGACCCCAAUCUAGAUGUCCUUCUCGUGACGGAGGGGAAGCUGCGGUCCCUGGCUGAGCUGCAGCAAGCUGUUCUGCAGUGCACAGCUGGAGGCCAGGGGAGCUGCUGCAGCAUCGUGCAUGUGGUGAACUGCGAGGAGGAAUUCCAGCAGCAGCAGCUGGAUCUGCUCUGGAGGAUUUUGGAUCCAGGAGCCCACACAGCUUUGCAGAAGCACCUUGUCUGUGGGCCAGUGAAGGUGACAAACCCCUCAUUGCCCAUUGGGGCAGACCAGUACUUCCAGCUCCGAAAGCGCCAGAUGUACGAAGCCUCAGUGAUGAAGUACGGGGAGCUUGCGCAAGAUGAGGCCUGGACUGAGGUGAUUGAUGCCCUCACAGUGGCUGCCGUCAGGUUUGAGAUGCUGAGCACUGCCCACCGGAGUCAGAUCACCCUGGACCUGGAGGACAGCAGCAUCUCCACGAAGGGAACCAAGAGCGGCGCCUUCGUGAUGUACAACUGUGCCCGGCUGGCCACGCUCUUCGACACCUACCAGCAGGCUGUGGAGCGGGGCACGUACCCACCUCUGCCACCAGCAUCAGAACUGAACUUCUCCUGCCUCCGGGAAGAGGGUGAAUGGCUCCUGCUCUUCAAUCAUCUCCUGCCCUUCCCUGAAGUCCUGCAGCAGGCAGCACAGCUGCCCACACCCACCAAGGGGAUCCGGAUCACAGCCAACACAGAGACAGUGUGCAAGUUCCUGAUCCAGCUCAGCAUGGAUUUCAGCUCCUACUACAACCGGGUCCACGUCCUGGGGGAGCCAUUCCCUCACCUCUUUGACCAGAUGUUUGCCCGCCUCCAGCUACUGGGAGCAGUGAGGGACGUGUUCCACAGUGCGCUGGCGACUCUGCACCUCCCUCCUCUCAGCCAGAUCUGAGCCACCACUGAAGAGCCGUGGCACGGUGUGACAGGCACCAGGACAACACGCCACAAGGGGAAGGACAGGGCACAUCCUCCAUGGCAGGGCGGGGGGCUGCCUGAUGGUCAGGCAGGGAGUCAGGGCACACCUCAGCCCCGCACAGGUGCUUCCCCUCCCACUGCCCGCGCGGUUUGAGGG